AGCUCUCAUGGCUCAGGUACCUCUUGCCUUUAGCCUUUGGCUGGCAGGGUCCUGGCACAGGCUGUUGGUGGUGUGCAUGAUUCCAUCUCGGUCAACCCCGAGUCGGCCGAGUCUCUCGCAACUCGCCCGGGCCGGGUAACAACGCCGACAACAUCGGAAUGUGGCUCGAGCCUGAACUCGAUGUUAUACCUCACCGGUCGUUUAGGCAUAUUAACUGUGCAACUGUCAUCUUACUGCUUUGCCAUACAAAAGCAGACUGCUACGCUCGACCUGCCCUGCAUCGAACAUGUCCUCCGCCGUCACGAUCGACUAUAACGCGCUCAAGAGCGACCCCGCAUCGCUCGAAGCCGACUUCAAGGCAGCUUUCGGGAACGGCAACGAUGCGCUCGGUGCCAUCAUCAUCAAGGGAUUACCAGCCGAGUUCCCGGCUCUGAGGGAACGUCUCUUACGGCUCGCCGACAAGUUUGCCAGUUUGCCGGAGGAUGUCCGGGAAAAGUACGCUAGGAAGGAGCAACAGUACAUGUUCGGCUGGUCCCACGGCAAGGAGGUCAUGAACGGCCGACCUGACCUCUUGAAAGGUUCUUAUUACGCCAACCCCCUAGUAGAUCGACCUGAUGUGACCGAAGAACAACGGGCGGAACAUCAUGUGUAUUACGGGGAAAACGUAUGGCCUGAGAAGACGGAAGAGGGGUUGGAGGGGUUCGAGGUCGCUUUCAAAGAGUUGGGGAGGUUCAUCUUCGAGGUCGGCAAGCUCGUCGCCAAGGCUUGCGAAGGUUUCGUCUCCUCGCAAGCUUCUUCGAGAACAGCCUCGAUCGCCGACCUGAUCGCCAACUCGCAAUGCAACAAGGCGAGACUCUUGCAUUAUUUCCCGCCGUCGACGAAGAACGGCGAUGAGGUUGUCGCGGAUGACGAUGCGUGUGGGAUGCAUUUGGAUCAUAGUAUCCUGACGGGGCUGUGCUCGGCCAUGUACCUCUCACAUGAAGAGGUGGGGGAACCCAAGGUCGUCCCACCUCCUGAUGCCAACGCUGGUCUCUGGAUCUGUCCUCGACGCAAGGGAGCCGAACCUGUCAAGGUCUCGAUCCCGGCCGAUUGCCUAGCCUUCCAAACAGGGGAAGCACUGCAAGUCCUUACCGAGGGAAGGCUCGCGGCCACGCCGCACUACGUCACCGCAGGUAAGGAGGGUGGUAACGUGUCAAGAGAGACGUUUGCGUUCUUCCUGCAGCCGAACGUCGACGAGGUCAUCGGCAAGGACGGCGAGACGUUCGGUCAAUUCACGGAACGGAUCAUGAAGGAGCAUUACGGCGAAGAAUCGUGAUGACAUGUC